CGAAGCACGAACUGCCAUUUCAUAUAUUAUCACGUCCGUGCCCUUCAAAUGACACUACUUCGUUAGUAACCGCAGUGGACGGAGUUGAUUCUUACUUGCAAUCAAGAAGACAACAUGAGCAAAAUCGGAAUUAAUGGAUUUGGCCGUAUCGGUCGUCUCGUGCUGAGGGCUGCCCUGGAGCGCGGUGGUCAGGUCGUCGCCAUCAAUGACCCGUUCAUCGGUCUCGAUUACAUGGUUUACAUGUUCAAAUAUGAUUCCACUCAUGGUAAAUUCAAGGGUGAGGUCAGGUCUGAGGACAAUUGCCUUGUUGUCAAUGGAAAUAAGAUUGCCGUCUUCAGCGAACGCGAACCCAAAGCGAUCCCAUGGGCGAAGGCCGGUGCCGAGUACAUUGUUGAAUCGACCGGCGUAUUCACAACCAUCGAGAAGGCAUCUGCUCACUUGGAAGGCGGUGCCAAGAAAGUCAUCAUCUCUGCUCCUUCGGCUGACGCACCAAUGUUCGUCGUCGGUGUAAACUUGGAAGCUUACGAUCCGAGCUACAAGAUCGUUUCCAAUGCCUCGUGCACUACCAAUUGCUUGGCACCUCUUGCCAAAGUAGUCCAUGACAACUUCGAGAUUAUCGAGGGUCUCAUGACGACCGUACACGCAAUUACGGCCACCCAGAAAACCGUCGACGGACCUUCCGGCAAAUUGUGGCGUGACGGCCGUGGUGCAGCACAGAACAUUAUUCCCGCUGCAACUGGAGCUGCCAAGGCAGUUGGUAAGGUCAUUCCCGCCCUCAAUGGAAAGCUUACCGGUAUGGCCUUCCGCGUGCCAGUGCAUAACGUGUCCGUAGUCGACUUGACGGUUCGACUCGCCAAGCCCGCUUCUUACGAGGCUAUCAAAGCCAAAGUGAAGGAGGCUGCCGACGGUCCUUUGAAGGGUAUCCUAGGUUACACCGAAGACGACGUUGUCUCGUCUGAUUUCAUCGGCGACAAUCACUCCAGCAUUUUCGACGCCAAAGCUGGCAUACCCUUGAAUGACAAUUUCGUAAAACUGAUUUCGUGGUACGACAACGAGUUCGGUUACUCUAGCCGAGUCAUCGAUUUGAUCAAGUUCAUGCAGACUAAAGAUAACUAAAUGAUCUGCAGAAGUCGAUUGUUCAUCCGUGUCCUCUUAGCUCCGGUAUCGCUGUACUGCGUAUAAUCAUUGUAUGGAGCAUAUUACUGUAAAAAAAACUGCUGUAAGAAAUAUUCUGUAUUAAUCAGCGUUAUUAACUUUUAGCAGAAAUCGGAUAGCCCAAGAAUGUUAGCAUACAUUCUCUUUCUCACACAGUUAAUGAAAUCAUAGAUAAAACAAUAUCUUUCUGUCGUUGAUUGAAAUACGAAAGGCAGGCUCUAGUGUUCAUUUUUAAAAAUCUACAUAUUUAUCUUGUUACUAUUAGAAUCGAUUUGCCAACGAAACAGAUUUGUAAAUGUGGAUAUUGUAACUGAAAUGUUAUGCAACAGAGCUUAUGUAAUCGCGAAGUCACGUAAAAUCAGAAGUGUAUGACAGUAGGAUUAUAUAGCCAAAUUCUGUUGUACCAAA